CUUCGACCAUACUGAAAGGUAACAUUGUCGUGACUCCUUAUCCAGGUGAGCUGCAGCGCUGUGGCGGAAAAUGUAGGACUGUCCUGCAGACAGACGUUGUACACAUUAGGCGGUUUUGUUGUAGGAUGAUGAUGACGAAUGUGGUGCCAACUUAGAUUGAAGACCCUCAUGAAAGACAGGAAGUAGUGAAGAAUCUUCAAAGAUAGAGAUUAGAGUGGCUGAAGUUGUUGAAUAUGGCCGAGAUGGAGAAAGGUCAAAGUGACACAGACAGUGAAGAAUGUACACCAGCAAAUUGCAGGAGGAAAAGCAUUGAUGAGGACAACCCGCCUGGAACCACUGAUGGAUCAGGCAGUACUGUGGAGGAUGCAGGAAAUAAAGAUGUUGAUGAAGAGAGUGCUGACGAAUGUUUGUUUGGUGACAUGACAGAUGAAGAAGAGGGAGAUGAAAUCGAAGAUAUGUAUCAACUUGGAGCAUGUGCUACAAAGGUCAAAUUCCAGACGGUUCAACAACAGUCGUACCAACUUGUAGGUAAAGACACCACGGCACUAGCACAACACAUUGUGGGAUAUUGUCAGCAACCACAGGGAGAGGUAAUGUCAGCACUACAGCAGGGGACACAACUCCAGCCAGCUUCAGCUGCUGAUGUUGAUCAGACAACAAGUCAGACACAGAUGUCAACAACUACGUCUUGUGUAGUCCCCGAAACAACGAUUGCACAAGUCCCGAGAACAGCAGCACUGACACCAGCAUCCACAUCCUCCCUUCCCAGAAUACCAGGAUCUAUUGUAUCAGAGAUACAGUCAUCAGGGCUACCUGGGGUACCAGUGCCUGUGGAUUCUCCCGCAGUUGUCCAGUACAACAAUUUCUACGUACGGCAGAGUUUUGAGGAUGUGACAGUCAGGGGCGCCAGGAAUCUGAACUUUGGCGGAACCCAGAACAUUAGAGGAACACAGGACGAUGGUGCACCUCGAACCAACCAGGAAGAGGAGAAACCACUGACUGCAGCACAGAAGAUCAGGAAAAGAACGGAAUCCAGGAUACAGUCGUGGACUAAAGACAUGGUGGAGACAGAAGGCCUGCAGAAAGUGACAGACAAACUAGACAGAGGAGCAACAUGGGUGACAAUUAAAGGAAGACCAGGAGAGGGGAAGUCUACAAUAGCCUACAUGGCUCUCAAAGAUCAGCACACUCAGGGGAGACAAGUGUAUCAGGUGGUGUCGCCGGAGGAGUUCAAUGAGGUCAUAACGGCCAGCACUAACCCUGUCAUUAUGUUAGAUGACAUAUUCGGUGAUUUGGAAUUUGAUGUAGCAGAAUGGGCCAAGUGGAGACCAAGUCUACAACCUGUUGUGGAUGUGAAAGAUCCUGAUAAAUAUACAGAAAAAGAUUCCAUAGACAAGUCCACUAAUAUCAAUAAUGGUUUAAAGAGAACAAAAGAUGAGCAAACAGAGCUGAAAAGAACGGCGCCUAACAAAGACCAAACUAUCAUAAUCCUCGUAGGCCGUGACUAUGUGCUGAAAUCCUCACUGGCAGACUUGGGAAAGAUGGCAGAUUACAUAUCUAGUCCCCUGUAUGUUGUGGAAGUUUCUUCUCAGAGAGACUCUUAUGAACGAAGGAAGAUUUGGCAUGUUCAUGUCAAAACAAAGACAAAGAUGGACUUUGAUGAGUCAACUGUGUCUCAGAUAUGUCAGGCUGACUGUCCACACGGCUUUCCCCAUGUAUGUAAACUGUUUGUCACGACAUAUGGAAAGGAUCAGACUCAACUUUCAGCAGAGACUGUUUUAGAUUUUUUUAAAAUGCCUCUUGUGUUCCUCAAAAAGACUUUGGAUAAAUUUCUUAACGAUAAGAUAAAGCGUUCACUGUUCAUGGCUAUGAUUAAAAGAGAUGGGAAGAUUAGUGGACAGGAGUUGGAGGAGGAUGAUAAUCUUGCGUAUGAAAGCAUAACAGCUGCUGAUGAUUUGGUUGGAUCUUAUCUCAAGAAGGAAGAUGACACAUACAUGUUUGACCAUCCCUCUAUAUAUGACUGUGUUGCUUUAAUACUCAGUACAAAACAAUCAAAGUUUGUCAUCGAAAAUUGUAGUUUGUCAUUCAUCCAUCAGCGACUUCGUCUUAAACCAUCCACAAGACAAAGGGAAAAUGUUCCUAGUGAGACAGGUCUUGUUGCAAAUAUCUCAUGGACCUUUGCUCGAGAUUUAGCUAGAAGAUUUGCAACUGAAAUUGAGAGAAGCAAUUUGUUGCAUGUCUUAUCGCACGAGGCAUGUUGUAAUUCAGAGUUUAUUGACUUGCUCAUGGACUGUCUGAAGACAAACUGUCACAUGUCUGUUCCUGAUCUUCUGAAACUAGCUGAUAAUUCUUCAAGACAAUACGUUUUAACCGGCAAGUCACAUUCAUUUUUGAAAUUGCUUUCAAGCAACAAGUCACAUCAUCUGAUCAAAUUUAUUAUGGAGAAAGAAAACAUAUCAUUCAGCCAAAGUGAAAUGCGUGACAUUUUACUUGGGGUGUGCAAGAAUGCUGCUUGUAGUGUAUUGACCUACAUCAGUGAACACAUGAAGCUUGACAUGGAUGCUAGAUAUGGUCGGCAUAAUGUAACUCCGAUCAUGUUAGCAGCAGAAACCAAAAACAGUGAGUUUGUCGAUCAGAUUCUGGCCCUUGCCCCUGACCUGAAUGCAAGCGAUUGUGAAGGACAGACUGUCUUUCAUUACCUUUGCAAGUAUGGCCUUACAUCAGCCGUGGAACAAGCGAUUAACACGGGUGUGGAUGUCAAUGUGCAUCGUGUAAAUGGUGACCCUUUGUACCUUGCCAUACAAAAUGGUCACUUAGGGGUGGUGAGACUGCUGGUGAAAACAGGAUUUGAUCUGGAUAACCAGAAAGGUCUUAGAUUUGCUUCCAUGAGCCAGAACAAGGACAUGGUAGACUUUCUUUUAGACAGAGGAGCACAGGUUGAUGGUGAUGCUGUAAACAGUGCUUGUGAGGUGGGGAACUUGACUAUGGUCAAAAUGUUAUUUGAGAAGGGUGCUACUGUUAACAUGAUGUCAUCUAAUGGAGACACUCCACUUCACAGCUCAUGUAGACAACACUCAGAUGUUAUGUCAUUUCUGCUGGCCAAAGGAGCAAGUGUGAAUCAACUUUCAUCUGAUACAGGUGACUCACCACUUCAUACAGCAGCACAUCAGGGAUAUACAGUGUAUGUCAAUGUGUUACUGAAGGCAGGAUCUCAUGUGAAUGUACAGAAUAAUACAGGUGACACACCACUUCAUAGUAGUGCAGCAGCAUUCUUUGGAUCUGCAGCGUGUUUUGGAGUGUUACUGAAGGCUGGGGCUAAUGUGAAUGUACAGAAUAAUACAGGUGACACACCACUUCAUUCAGCAGCAGCAGCAGCAGCAGAAAAAUGGUUUGUGUCUACAGAGUAUAUUGAAGUGUUACUGAAGGCUGGGGCUAAUGUGAAUGUACAGAAUAAGACAGGUGACACACCACUUCAUUCAGCAGCAGCAGCAGAUUGCGCGUUUAAACCUACAGAGUGUAUUAAAUUGUUACUGAAGGCUGGGGCUGAUGUGAAUGUACAGAAUAAUACAGGUGACACACCACUUCAUUCAGCAGCAGCAGCAGAAAACGCGUUUGAACCUACAGAGUUUAUUAAAGUGUUACUGAAGGCUGGGGCUGAUGUGAAUGUACAGAAUAAUACAGGUGACACACCACUUCAUACAACAGCAGCAGUGAGGGGAUUUACAGAUCGUAUUGAAGUGUUACUGAAGGCUGGGGCUGAUGUGAAUGUACAGAAUAAAACAGGUGACACGCCACUUCAUACAGCAGCAGCAGCAGAAAAAACGUUUAAACCUACAGAGUAUAUUAAAGUGUUACUGAAGGCUGGGGCUGAUGUGAAUGUACAGAAUAAUACAGGUGACACGCCACUUCAUAGAGCAGCAGUGAGGGGAUCUACAGAGUGGAUGAAAGUGUUACUGAAGGCUGGGGCUGAUUUGAAUAUACAGAAUAAUACAGGUGACACACCACUUCAUACAGCAGCAGUGAGGGGAUCUACAGAGUGGAUUAAAGUGUUACUGAAGGCUGGGGCUGAUGUGAAUGUACAGAAUAAUACAGGUGACACACCACUUCAUACAGCAGCGUUGUUUGGAUCUAAAGAGUGUAUUGAAGUGUUACUGAAGGCUGGGGCUGAUGUGAAUGUACAGAAUAAUACAGGUGACACACCACUUCAUACAGCAGCAGUGAGGGGAAUUACAGAGUGUACUGAAGUGUUACUGAAGGCUGGGGCUGAUGUGAAUGUACAGAAUAAGACAGGUGACACACCACUUCAUAGUAGUGCAGGAGCAUUGUUUGGUUCUGAAGAGUGCGUUGAAGAGUUACUGAAGGCUGGGGCUGAUGUGAAUGUACAGAAUAAUACAGGUGACACACCACUUCAUUCAGCAGCAGCAGCAGACAAAUUGUUUGUAUCUACAGAGUGUGUUGAAGUGUUACUGAAGGCUGGGGCUGAUGUGAAUGUACAGAAUAAUACAGGUGACACACCACUUCAUACAGCAGCAGCAGCAGCAGCAGCAGGAAAGUUGUUUGUGUCUACAGAGCGUAUUGAAGUGUUACUGAAGGCUGGGGCUGAUGUGAAUGUACAUAAUAAUACAGGUGACACACCACUUCAUACAGCAGCAGCAGCAGCAGCAGCAGCAGAAAAAACGUUUAAACCUACAGAGUGUAUUAAAGUGUUACUGAAGGCUGGGGCUGAUGUGAAUGUACAGAAUAAUACAGGUGACACACCACUUCAUACAGCAGCAGUGAGGGGAUCUACAGAGUGUAUUCAAGUGCUACUGAAGGCAGGAGCUGAUGUGAAUGUACAGAAUAAGACAGGUGACACAACACUUCAUAGUAGUGCAGAAGCAUUGUUUGGAUCUGCAGAGUGUGUUGAAGUGUUACUGAAGGCUGGGGCUGAUGUGAAUGAACAGAAUAAUACAGGUGACACACCACUUCAUAAAGCAGCAGUGAGGGGAACUACAGGGUUUAUUAAAGUGUUACUGAAGGCUGGGGCUGAUGUGAAUGUACAGAAUAAGACAGGUGACACACCACUUCAUAGUAGUGCAGCAGCAUCGUUUGGAUCUGCAGAGUGUAUUAACGUGUUUCUGAAGGCAGGAGCUGAUGUGAAUGUACAGAAUAAGACAGGUGACACACCACUUCAUAGUAGUGCAGCAGUGAGGGGAUCUGCAGAGUGUGUUGAAGUGUUACUGAAGGCUGGGGCUGAUGUGAAUGUACAGAAUAAGACAGGUGACACACCGCUUUAUAGUAGUGCAGCAGCAUCGUUUGGAUCUGCAGAGUGUAUUAAAGUGUUUCUGAAGGCAGGAGCUGAUGUGAAUGUACAGAAUAAUACCGGUGACACACCACUUCAUAGUAGUGCAGCAGUGAGGGGAUCUGCAGAGUGUGUUGAAGUGUUACUGAAGGCUGGGGCUGAUGUGAAUGUACAGAAUAAUACAGGUGAUACACCACUUCAUAGUAGCGCAGCAGCAUUGUUUGGAUCUGCAGAGUGUGUUGAAGUGUUACUGAAGGCUGGGGCUGAUGUGAAUGUACAAAAUAAUAAAGGUGACACACCACUUCAUAGUAGUGCAGGAGCAUUGUUUGGAUCUUCGGAUUGUGUUGAAGUGCUACUGAAGGCUGGGUCUGAUGUGAAUGUACAGAAUAAUACAGGUGACACACCACUUCAUAGUAGUGCAGCAGCAUCGUUUGGAUCUGCAGAGUGUGUUGAAGUGUUACUGAAGGCUGGGGCUGAUGUGAAUGUACAGAAUAAUACAGGUGACACACCACUUCAUUCAGCAGCCGCAGCAGAAAAAUUGUUUGUGUCUACAGAGCGUAUUGAAGUGUUACUGAAGGCUGGGGCUGAUGUGAAUGUACAGAAUAAUACAGGUGACACACCACUUCAUAGUAGUGCAGCAGCAUCGUUUGGAUCUGCAGAGAGCAUUGAAGUGUUACUGAAGGCUGGGGCUGAUGUGAAUGUACAGAAUAAUACAGGUGACACACCACUUCAUACAGCAGCCGCAGCAGUAAAAGCGUUUAAACCUACAGAGUGUAUUAAAGUGUUACUGAAGGCUGGGGCUGAUGUGAAUGUACAGAAUAAGACAGGUGACACACCACUUCAUAGUAGUGCAGCAGCAUCGUUUGGUUCUGCAGAGUGCAUUGAAGUGUUACUGAAGGCUGGGGCUGAUGUGAAUGUACAGAAUAAUACAGGUGACACACCACUUCAUACAGCAGCAGCAGCAGCAGUAAAAGCGUUUAAACCUACAGAGUGUAUUAAAGUGUUACUGAAGGCUGGGGCUGAUGUGAAUGUACAGAAUAAGACAGGUGACACACCACUUCAUACAGCAGCAGCGAGGGGAUCUACAGAGUCUAUUAAAGUGUUACUGAAGGCUGGGGCUGAUGUGAAUGUACAGAAUAAUACAGGUGACACACCACUUCAUAGUAGUGCAGCAGCAUUGUUUGGAUCUGCAGAGUGUGUUGAAGUGUUACUGAAGGCUGGGGCUGAUGUGAAUGUACAGAAUAAUACAGGUGACACACCACUUCAUACAGCAGCAGUGAGGGGAUCUACAGAGUGUAUUAAAGUGUUACUGAAGGCUGGGGCUGAUGUGAAUGUACAGAAUAAGACAGGUGACACACCACUUCAUACAGCAGCAGCGAGGGGAUCUACAGAGUGUAUUAAAGUGUUACUGAAGGCUGGAGCUGAUGUGAAUGUACAGAAUAAUACAGGUGACACGCCACUUCAUAGAGCAGCAGUGAGGGGAUAUACAGUGUGUGUCGAUGUGUUACUGAAGGCUGGGGCUGAUGUGAAUGUACAGAAUAAUACAGGUGACACAUCACUUCAUAGUAGAGCAGCAGCAUUGUUUGGAUCUACAGAGUGUUUUGAAGUGUUACUGAAGGCUGGGGCUGAUGUGAAUGUACAGAAUAAUACAGGUGACACACCACUUCAUACAGCAGCAGCAGCAGCAAAAUGGUUUAAACCUACAGAGUGUAUUGAAGUGUUACUGAAGGCUGGGGCUGAUGUGAAUGUACAGAAUAAUACAGGUGACACACCACUUCAUACAGCAGCAGUGAGGGGAUUUACAGAGUGUAUUAAAGUGUUACUGAAGGUUGGGGCUGAUGUGAAUGUACAGAAUAAGACAGGUGACACAGCACUGCAUACAGCUUCAUGUGUAGGAUCUACAGAUUGUAUUGAAGUAUUACUGAAGGCUGAAGCUGACGUGUUACACACCACUUCGUAAAACAGCAUAGCAGGGAUGUGCAGAGUGUGUUGGGUGAAGAUCUUAUUCCAUGUCAUAGUUACCCAUGCAUUACACACUGGUAAAUACGUCUCAGAUUUCAUCAGUAUAUAUAUAGUUAUGGGCGUGGCAAAGUAGCCUGGUCGGUAAGGUUUCUGCUCCUGUGGACUGGGUUUGACUUCCUGGAAAGUUUACCCACAUAAUUAGAGUUGAAGCAUUGACAAAUCGUACCCACUCACUCUCUUACUCCACAUCCUGUACCUGUCAAAUAGUCAUUUUGUUUUGGCUAUGUUUACAUCAUUCUGUGGUUUGUAAAUCGCUCUCUCUCCCCCUAGCCGAUAACCACCUACCCACGAACCCUCAAAUUUCUAUUUAUGCAAGUACUUGAUCACCUUACGUUCGUUGAGUUUGUCCAUUUUCCAAAAGUCACAGAUUGGUCCUUAUUUUACCGAGUUGUCAAAGGGAAAGAACUUCCCUAGCUGACUCAAGUUUUUGUGGACAUACACCAACGACAUCAUGUCUACGACAAAGGAUUUCUCUGCUUCUAAGUUCCGACUGUGAGGCUAAGAACUUGUCAAUUAACCCCUGUAGGACUGAAAAAAAAAUACAUUGACUCACCGGUGUAAUGUACAGAAUAUAGUGUGAAUGUAGUGCAGUUGCAACCUUCAACAUGUUCGUCUAGCUUCUAUAGACUCCCUGGUGUAAUG